CUUCAUCAUCUUUUUUUUUUUUAUCAAUCAUGGAAGUUUUAAAGUCACUUCAAUUUACACCUGAAUCACCUUUUGGUAUUCGUCUUUAUCCUUAUUUCGAACAAGCAUACCAAGCUGUCACUGGUCAAAAGGCUUCUGAUUUCAUUUUUACUCCCGGUAUUACUCCUUUAUCUACUGGCAAUGAAGUAUGGAUGAGUUGUAUCACUUAUUUUAUUGUUAUCUUUGGUGGUCGUUACUUGAUGCAAAACUUUCCUGCUCAACGUCUUCAAUUUUUCUUCCAAAUCCAUAACUUGUUAUUGACUCUUGUUUCUGGUGCUCUCUUGGUAUUGAUGGUGGAAAACAUUUUCCCUAUUUUGUACCACAAAGGUUUACUUCACGCUGUUUGCGCUACUGAUGCUUGGACUCAACCUCUUGAACUCUUGUAUUACCUCAACUAUCUUGUCAAAUACUGGGAAUUGAUUGAUACCGUUUUCCUUGUACUCAAGAAGAAGAAACUUGAAUUCCUCCAUUAUUACCAUCACAGUCUUACUAUGGUUCUCUGUUAUACUCAAUUGGGUGGAAAAACAUCAGUGUCUUGGGUACCUAUUGUUUUGAACUUGACCGUGCACGUUUUGAUGUACUACUACUACUUCCGUACUGCUUCUGGAGCCAAGAUCUGGUGGAAACGUUAUUUGACCACAAUGCAAAUUGUUCAAUUCAUCAUUGAUUUGUUUGCCAUUUACUUCUGUACUUACACUUACUUUGCCUUUACCUACUAUCCUUACUUGCCUAACAUGGGUUCUUGUGCUGGUACUGAAACUUCUGCUAUCUUUGGUUGUGCUUUGUUGAGCUCUUACCUUUUGCUCUUCAUUAACUUUUACCGUAUCACCUACAACAAGAAUAAAUCUCUCAAGAAGAAGGCUGCUACCAAUGGUUUUGCUCAACAACCCAAAUCCAAAAAGAUCUAGAUUAAUUUCCCCCCCCAAUACACACACAUUUCAUAUCAUCAUCCACCCACACUACUUAUUCAUAUACAUUUUGAAAAAAAAAGUUUUUUUUUAUUAUUCUAUAUACAUUUCUUUUGUGUUUACUAUUUUAUUUAAUCUACUAUAUCUAUGAAAAAUAAAUAAAACAAUCAUGUUUUCCAAAAAAAAAAUAUCUAAUGAAACUUUAUUGAUGGAUAUAAAAGAGAAGGGGAUACAAUUUAGAAGAUGUUGUGUCAAAAUCACAUGCUUCGGAGUCCAUACAAAAAAAAAAAAAAAAA